UGGUCUGGGUCCAUUGGCUUUUAUUGAAGUCUCCAAACCACACAUUUUAAGGUGUAUUUUUUCAAAGAACAACAAGCUGCUGGAUUUAUCAUCAGCCAUGCAUCUGUUAUCUUCUGCUGUAUUUGUAAGAUAAAAGCCGUUUGAUGUUCCUUGAACUUGUCGGCCAUUUCGAGCCUGCCCGCGCAGCGUCUUACUCGUUUUGGGAUAAUCACGUGACAGCACCUCGGUUGUUUUUGAAUAAUCACGUGAUAGCCGAGCGGCGGAGACGCUGGAGGCUGCUUUGGAAGGUUCACGCAGUUUCACGUCCUGCGGUCCUGACAACAGUGGACAUGCAACUACGAUGAAAAUUUCACACCCCUCUGUGAUUUCUAAGUGGGAGAACUUGCAAUAUAACAAGAAAAGCACCAUGCCCGUGGUGAAACUGGAGGAGUGUCGAGAAAAGAUUCGCAAAGAGCUUAACAGCGUUGUGGACUUCUGGCUGAAAUACUCUCAUGACACGGUUUAUGGCGGCUUCUUCAAUUGUAUUGGGAAGAACGGGACGGUUUAUGAUGAGCUGAAGUAUGUCUGGUUGCAGGGGAGACAGGUGUGGAUGUACUGUCGCCUUUAUAGAACAAUGGAUAGAUUCCACAGGCCUGAAAUCCUUGAGGCGGCCAAAUCUGGAGGGACUUUCCUCAGGAAGUUUGCUUGUGUUUCCAGUAGCAACGGCCAGAUGAAGUGUGCCUUCUGUUUAACACGAGAUGGUAAAGCAGUGAAAGUACAGAGGACCAUCUUCAGUGAGUGUUUCUACAUCAUGGCUUUGGACGAACUGAGCAGAGUCACUGGUGACAAGGACAUGCAGCAAGAGGCUGAACAGAUGAUGGCGCAGCUCAUCUUCUGGGUGCAGGUCGACCCAACGGGUUUGGGUCGACCCAGCCUACCUGGUGACGCACCCACCAACAGCAUGGCCGUUCCAAUGAUGCUGAUGUGCCUAGUGCAGCAGCUCACUGACGGGCGUGGUCAGGAAGCGGUCUUGAAGUACAAAAAGUUGAGCAGCUGGUGCGUGCAGCAGAUUCUCCAACAUGUGCAGAGAGAUGGGGCAGCCAUUUUAGAAAAUGUGUCAUUGGAGGGGGCAGAGCUACCAGGUUGUCAAGGCCGACUGCAGAAUCCAGGCCACGCCUUGGAAGCGGGCUGGUUCCUGCUUGAAUACGCAACCCAAUGGGGGGACAAGGAGCUGCAGGAGACAGCCAUCAAUAAGUUUGUGGAGUUACCCUUUCAGUAUGGCUGGGAUAAAGAGCACGGCGGCCUCUUCUACUUCCUGGAUGUAGAUGGCCACUGUCCCACACAGUUGGAGUGGAGUAUGAAAUUGUGGUGGCCUCACUGUGAAGCUCUCAUCGCCUUCCUCAUGGCCUACAGCCAAACCAAGCGGCCUGGACUGCUGGGGAGGUUCUCUCAAGUGUAUCACUACACGUUUAGCCACUUUUGUGACGAACAACAUGGUGAAUGGUUUGGCUAUCUGUCACAAGAUGGAAAAGUACUUCUGGAUUUUAAAGGAGGCCCCUUUAAAGGCUUCUUCCAUGUACCACGCUGCCUGUACAUGUGCGAGCGUAUCCUGGAUGAUCUGCUGGAUGAUACAUUGUGAGCGUUCUCUCCGUUGUGUUUUAGAUUAGAAGCGAGAUAUCUUUUUAAACGGUUGCAAAUCAAAAUAUCAUGAAAGUAUUUUUAAAAUGUUAGAGCUGUAUGUAUGUAUCCUUAGAUGCAGAUUUAUGAUGAAAUAAAACACUCCUGUAAUGA